UCAGGCCGCCUCACAGACUCUUAUAACUGAGGUACCGAGGCCGAAAAGCGGAAUGCACAUGGUAGUCGGCUUUCCGUCAAAACUUCCUCCUUAAAUAACCACUGUCACAAGUCUCUCUUCCUCCUCUCCACUCAUCUCCUGACCCUGAUGGAGUCAACCGCUUGUCACUCCCAAAAUCUCCUCCUCCUACUCCUUCUCAUCUCGCUCCCUGUUUUCCAAUGCAUCCCUCCUUCAUCAUCGCCAACUUCAGCACCUUCUUUUCCCAACGAAGCCCUCCCCAGCAAAUCAGGCUACCUCUCCGUCAAUGCCUCUACCGGUUCCGCCAUUUUCUACGCUUUCUAUGAGUUCCAGAAACCAAUUUCUCCGCCCUCCAAAACUCCACUUCUUAUUUGGCUCCAGGGUGGCCCUGGCUGCUCCUCCAUGGUCGGAAACUUCUUGGAGCUCGGCCCCUGGCGUGUCAAUUUUCAAAAGGCCAAGAACGAACCCCUUGCUCUCGAACCGAAUUCAGGUUCUUGGAACCGGCAUUUCGGCCUUCUUUUCCUCGAUAAUCCCAUUGGAACCGGGUUUAGUAUUGCCUCUACACCCGCAGAAAUCCCAAGAGAUCAAUUCUCCGUUGCCAUGCAUCUUUUUGCUGCGAUCACUUCGUUUAUUCGACUAGACCCGGUGUUUAAGUCUCGUCCUAUAUAUAUUACGGGUCAGAGCUAUGCAGGAAAGUAUGUUCCAGCAAUUGGUUACUACAUUCUCAAGAAGAAUGCGCAGUUGCCGGCGUCUGAGCAGGUGAAUUUAGCUGGUGUUGCUAUUGGAAAUGGAUUUACCGACCCCUUGAACCAAGUGGCUACUCAUGCUAUGAAUGCUUACUUUUCUGGUUUGAUCGAUGAGAGGCAGAAGAAAGAGUUGGAGAAAGCGCAAUGGGAGGCAGUCAGGCUGACAAAAUCAAGGAAUUGGACUGAGGCCACGAAUGCCAGGACUAGGGUCUUGAGUUUGUUGCGAGAGAUGACAGGAUUGGCCACUUUACAAGAUUUUACAAGGAAAGUGCCUUACAAAACUAAACUGGUCUCGGAGUUGUUACAAAAUGAGGAGCUAAAGAAAGCCUUGGGAGUGAACAAAGCAAUGGUUUUCGAGGAAUGCAGCGAUGUUGUGGGGGAUGCAUUGCACGAGGAUGUAAUGAAAAGCACGAAAUACAUGGUGGAGUUUCUAGUAAAGAAGAGCAAGGUUUUGUUGUAUCAAGGAAAUUUUGAUUUGAGGGAUAGUGUAGUUUCAACAGAGGCGUGGAUGAAGACGAUGAAAUGGGAAGGAAUUGAGGAGUUUUUGAUGACAGAGAGGAAGAUUUGGAAGGUGGGUGGAGUAGUUUCUGGGUAUGUGAAAAAAUGGAAGAAUUUGACUCAUGUUGUAGUGUUGGGUGCUGGGCAUCUUGUGCCUAAUGAUCAGGCAUUGAAUUCCCAGGCAAUGAUAGAGGACUGGGUCUUGGAGAAGGGGUUAUUUGGGCAUUAACAAGGGGAGGAUUCUUGAUUAAAGAUCAGGGGUUCACAAUAAUUUUCUGUUCCUCCUACUUGUAUUAAUUAAUAGCUCAAAAUUACGGGCAAUAUUUGAAGAUGGACUGCCAAGAACAUCGUAAUUUCUGUCAUAGAAUAAAGUAAAUUUUCUGCUUUUUGGUCGUCA